AUGGCUCGAGAUGUUAGUAGUGAAUCAGGAUUGCAACCAGGGAACGCGGAGUACCCCCCCGGGAGCUGGCUGGUGUAUGACGACAGUGCUGCUGAGGCUGACGUUGAAUAUAAUCUAUCUAUCUAUCUAUCUAUCUAUCUAUCUAUCUAUCUAUCUAUCUAUCUAUCUCAGACUGUUCAUUAUCUAUCUAUCUAUCUAUCUAUCUAUCUAUCUAUCUAUCUAUCUCAAUUUAGUAGACGGAAUUCUAUCGCAGUGUUUCAGAUCAUUGCGGGACUCUCCUUGAUCUCACUUGCUGUGUUGAAAGGAUUGGAAGAAAAGAAUACAACGAUUGAAAUACUGUCAAUCAUCUUCACACUACUUGGAAUGCUGGGAGCCAGUGGUGCAUUCUCAGGUGUCUGGUUAUAUACACCUGAGCUCUAUCCAACCAAUUUGAGGAGUGCUGGAGUCGGUCUUGCUUCUGCUUCUUCUCGUACUGCAAGUAUGUUAGCACCUCUGACUCGAUUAUUGGCCUCUUAUUUGCCUUGGGCUCCGGGCACACUCUUUGGGUCAGGCUGCUUAUUUGCAUGUGCCCUGCUUUUCCUUCUGCCAGAAACGCGUGACCAACAGCUGCCUCAGACAAUGGAAGACCUCAAAAUACUGCAAAAUGCAAAGAAACCACAAGUUGAUUAUGUCAACAUGAAGGAAACUGCUCCCACAACUUAA